AUGAAACGAACCUUUGGUGAAGAUCAAGCCACCACUCCCUCGGAUCCAUCCGAAUCUUUCAAUAAUCCAAUGGCAAGCAUGGAAGAUGAUCAAUCAUCGAUUGCUUCCGAUCAAUCAUCACCAUCAAUAGGAGGUGGAUACAAUCGAGGCGGUGGUAGAGGAGGUUAUCGUGGUGGAGGAAAUUAUAGAGGAGGCCGAGGUGGUAAUCGAGGUGGUAGUGGUGGUGAAAAUUAUUCUUCUAACACUCCGAAAAAGCCAAGACAGUACAAACAUGCUGUUGAAAAAUUAUUUGAUGAGUAUGCAACUGAAUUAGAUUACUCAAACAAUAAGAAGGAAAGAAUUUACAAAGCUGCCAGAGAUGUAACAAUAGAAGCAAAAAGAAUUGUGUUUUUACUUCAUAGAUAUGAUCCAAAAUUGAAUAACAAGGAGGAUGUACUAAAGGAAGCAAAAGAAAAAAUUGAUUUUAUUUCUACUGAAUACCUUUCUCCAAUUUUAAAGGAACUCGAAGAGAAAUUUAAUGAAUACUUUUGGAAGUAUGCACGUUCAUAUUCUUUUGGAUUGCAAGAAUUCAUAGAAGGGAUCAGUUUUUAUUAUUAUAUCAAAGAUGGCACGCUUGCAACCUGUGGAAAUAUAGAACAGGAGAUGAGAUUUCCCGUUAGUAAGCUUGAUUAUUUAUUGGGUAUUGCCGAUCUUACAGGAGAACUGAUGCGAUUUGCGACCAAUCAUUUCAUGAUCGAAGAAAUUCCAACAACUGUCAUGAAUUUUAUGAGUGAGAUGCAUGCUCAUUUCAUGCAUAUUCUAACGUCAUGCAAAGGCCUUUCUCCUUUUGAGGAAAAGGAUUUACGACAUAAGGUCGAAAUAAUGGAAGCAUCGCUCACAAAAGUUGAGAAACUUUGUUACAACCUUGCGCUCAACAAAAAUGACAAAUACACCAAUAAAUUGCAACAAUAA